GUAAACGCGUGUAUUUAGUAUUUGAAUAAGACGCAAUGGCUCGAACCAAGCAGACCGCGCGUAAGUCUACCGGUGGCAAAGCCCCCAGGAAGCAGCUCGCCACUAAAGCAGCGCGGAAGAGCGCGCCUGCGACUGGCGGAGUGAAGAAGCCUCACCGUUACAGGCCUGGCACUGUAGCUCUGCGAGAAAUCCGCCGCUAUCAGAAGUCUACUGAGCUGUUGAUCCGCAAGUUGCCUUUUCAGCGCCUUGUGAGGGAGAUUGCUCAGGAUUUUAAGACCGAUCUGCGCUUCCAAAGCUCAGCUGUAAUGGCUCUACAGGAGGCUAGCGAGGCUUAUCUGGUUGGUCUGUUCGAGGACACCAAUUUGUGUGCCAUUCAUGCCAAGAGAGUGACCAUCAUGCCGAAGGAUAUCCAGCUGGCUCGCCGCAUCCGUGGAGAGCGCGCUUAAAUGGUUUGCAUGCCCAUAAUCCAAACAAAGGCUCUUUUAAGAGCCACU